AUGCGACCACCAGAUCUGCUACUGGUGCUACUAAUCCUUUGCAUUUGUUUUAAAACGGCCCACUUGAAGGAUGGGGAGGGCAGGCGUGGUGCCGAGGAGAACACCAGCAAGAGCUUGGACGUGUAUUCGGCGCUGCGAGACCCCAAGACGGGCGACGUGCGCCUGUUCAUGGAGUAUUUCCUCAAUCAUCCAAAUGAAAAGGAGGAGGGGGAACCGGACCCCCCGCCCAAUGACACCUUCCAGGGCUGCGUCUUCAGCCGCUUCAGAAACUUCAGCGAGAAAGUGGAGGUCGAGGCAAAGAAUAUCAGGCAGAUGGCGCCCCCAGGCAACUCCUGGGUGGACUGCAAUACGGAGGAUGAGGAGGUCAAGUUUGUCAAGGUGCAGCUGAAGUCGGGGCACGUGCACCAGCAGAUUGUCAGGGUGGAGGAUGUGCCUACGGAGCGUGCUGGAGCGGUGGUGGCAUGUGUGGCGCCACUCUUCUCACUACGGCCGGACAUCCACCACUGGCUGUACUACUACACGCAGCUGGGAGUAUCGCGGUUCCACAUGUACGUGCCGACGCUGCACGCGCAUGAGCCGGUGCAUUAUGAUGAGCCGCACGAGGUGUGGAUGACUGUGCGCGGAUUCAAUUUCCGGAUGGGCGAGACGCACACAGACCCGUUUCACCCCUUUGACCACCCGCUCGUGCUAAUGUACAACGAGUGCCUGCUGCGCAGCAAGUAUGCUUACGACUACGCGAUGCUGUUUGACGUGGACGAAUUCAUCUCCAUCAACAUGACCACCAUGGGCCGAAAGAAGCCCGUGCCUCUGCCACAAUUUUUGCGCCAGACCUUCCCCUCUAAGGUGGCGUCACUGGAGUUUGCGGCGUAUGCUUACCCCAAGAACUGCCCGGCAACCACUACAGGCAGCUUCUUCGAGCGCCACAGGAUUCGCGAUAAGAACGCGCUGAAGCACCACAUCAAGGUGGUGGUGAAGCCCAAGUUUGUCACCGAGGUCUUCGUGCACUUUGUCAUCGCGGCGGCGGACGGCUGGGAGAUCAAGCACGUGGUUCCGGUGGAGUCUGCAUUCCUGAAGCACAUCGUGUGGCUCUCGCCGAUCCAUGCGGUGUGCCGGGCGUAUGUUUAUGAGGAUACCGGCCUGCCUCCCGGCGAGCCAUGA